AUGAACUACCUCCCCUCCAACCCACUCGCCAGCAGCAAAAAAGCAGGCCCCGCGGAAGGCAGCGAACAACCAACCGAAGCGCAGAAACACGCACAAUACGACGCCCUCUCGCCCGAACAGAAGAAGAAGCAGACGUACACGGAAUGGGUGACGGAAGCGUACAACAUCCAGUACGAGCGCUGGAUGCCGUGGAUCGAGGACCAGUACCUCUACUGGUUCGGCAAGGGCGAUAAUAAGGCUUCUUAUGUUGCGAAAGGCAUCAAACAAGUCGACCAAAUCCAAGACGACGUCCACAACCUGGUCGGCAACCAACUCGGCGAGAACGGCCUCCUGGCGCCCGUCGGCAAACUGGUUUCAACGGAAGGUAUUAAUCGCGCGGAGCGGCAGGGUCGGGAUGAUCAGGGGAGUUACGGGGGCGCGGCGGCGGGGUAUACGGAUCCGAUGAUCAAGGGGGGGAAGAGUGCUGGGGAGGGCGUGGUGGGUGGUGUGGCGGAGGGGGGGAAGGUGGUUGGGAGCGGGGCGCAGAGUGUGGGGAGUGGGGUUGUGGGUGGUGUUAAGGGGGCGGGGGGGUUUGUUGGGGGGAUGUUUGGUGGGAAGAAGGAGGUGAAGGAAGAUGUUAAGUGA